AUGGCUUCAAAACAUCCCGUGCCCUCUAGAGCAGCCCUCAAUGCUCUCCGAGGAGUAAUUCUCACCACCUCCUGUUCCGUCAUCUUACUCGCUGAAGAACGACGUCGCCGGCUCCAGAUUGCCCGUGCUGCCAUUGAAAAUGCACGAAAGCUCCAUGUCGUCCAGAGCAAUCGAGGUCCCAUUGCCCUUGCGGAAACCAAUGCAUCAUGGGAGGGCCGAUUUGCCGAGGUUGACCAGGAGGUCCUGUCCAUGGCUUCACUUCCUCGCCCAAGAACGUCCACUCGUCGAAGAGGUCGAUCACAUCUCAUAGGCAGUCAAAAUGAAAAUGAGUCUCACAACAAUGACAAUGGACGAACUCAGUCGCUGAGCAGGGCCAAUGCAGAGAACACGGCUACGGAAUUUAAUAGCAGUGCUGAUCUGCUGAACAGAGGAUUGGACAUGGUCGAUCUCGAGAAACUCAGACUGGCUUCACUGAAGCCGCGAAUCAAUAAUGUUUUGGAGUGGAAAGCUCCAAGACCUGUUGCUCAGCGCAACCCGUCUAUGCCUUCCCCAUCGACCGAGGCACGAACCGCUGACGCCAACACCACUUCUCAUCUUGUCGAGGAACCAUCAUUAGAAACCGACGUAUACGAGCCAAUUCUGGACAAUCCCGAAGCCCAAGAUGUUGAUUCAGUCGAAGUCGCGCAAGUAUACCUUGAGAAGGCGAGCCAAGGAAGGUUGAACGCUCGUCCGUUCUAUGACGAUGCGACACUAGCAUUGGAACAACUACUAAAGGACUUAGAGACUUCUUGCUUCAGUGGAGCGACUAGCUUGGAGAGAAUUGAUUUAGCGGUAAAGAUAUUUCAGAGAAUUGCAGCAUAUGGUCCGCCAAUACCCAGAGUUGCACGGCCACUUCGGAGUCAAGGCAUUCGGCUUCUCCAAAUCAUUUCGACCGCCUGUCCGGACAGGUUGGCAGCCACCCUGACUACUUUACUUCCCUUGAACAAAGACCCUCUCAAGUUCUUGACGCCAUUAAUCACAUUCGCUCAACAUGGCGGCAACCGGAGAGCUGUUCGGGAUUGUCUUGUGUUCUUGUCGCAGAACGCGAAAUCAUGCUCAUGGGCCCGCGGGAUGCUGAUUUGCCGGCUUCUUACAAGGCAUGCUAGGAUUCACGCCGACUUUGACCAAACCAAGCGACUUUAUCGUGUGCUUCAGGAUGCGGGCUUGUUUGAAGAAGUUAGCAUCCCUCAAAGCACACUGUACAAAAUUCGGAGAUCCAUGGUGAUCCUGGCACUCGAACAUGGGGACGAUAGCUUUGCAGACGUAGAGCUUGGGCUGCUGAACAAGUUGGAUGUGGCAGCCUGCAAAUCUGAUAUCAGAUUGCAAACGCGGGUCAUCGCAAGGAACGCGGCCAAGGCUAAAUGGGCAGAUGUCUUUUCAGACAUUGAAGUACUAGGGCAAAAGUCAAAUGUCCAAUGCGUCGACUUUCAGCGAAUGUUGACGAGAGCAACCGAAAUCUUUGCUCAAAAUCACAACGCCCGUGAACUAGAGAUGGUGCUUCGAAAAUUCGCCACAGAUUACCAGCUGAAGUUGAAGAACCGUUGGAUAUAUACGGUGUUUGAUUACUAUGCAAGUCGCCGACAGGUUGAGCCUGCGUUCUCCUGGCUUCAGUUUUGCAGCAACAACGGUCUACAAAUGGACUCAGCUUGUAAUGAACGAUUUUUCGCCAGGUGUCGCAAGUUCUGGGGCUUUUCCGGCAAGACUAUCCACAGCCUUGAGGCGAGAUUACGUGACUUGGACUGCGUGAGGCAAAGACCAGGAGCAACGGCGAAAAUUACUCCAGCAGGAGACAACGGCGACCUGUCUCGUCAAAUGCGAUCUAUGGCGUCUAAUGAAGAGUGGGAACGAGUUGCCGAAGUGUACGAAACCGCCGUUGCUGCUGGGAGAGAUAUUCCGGCCGAGUGCUUCCGGUUCGUUGUGUUGGCGCACACCAAGGGGCCAAACCCUGAUAUGGAACGUGCAAGCAAGUUGAUCCAGUCUAAUUACGAAGAAGGCCACGACGUAACCGAGGCCCUUACGCCGUUGUUGUUGGCGAAGCUGAAGCGAGGCGAUGAUCCUUGUACGUUGAUCAACAAUGCUCUCCGAAUGGGAGUCCGACUCCACGACAGUGCCUACAACAAGGCGGCCCAGGCUCUAUCGGCCAUUGGGAACCAUCAAGCUGCUGCCGAAAUGUGUGAGAUUGCCGCUCGGGAGAAUGGCGGGGGCCAACUUUUGUACAACGAGUACAACUUUGCCAAUCUGGUGUUUGCCUACACGGGGUCGGCGAGCUACAAGGCUUUGCAAUCAUUGCUAUCUACGUUUACAUCAGAUGUGCAGUGGUGGCAUGGUAGUCGGACAUGCAAGGAAACGAUCAAGCUGGCCAUGAAGACAACGGCGAUGAGGAGUGUCGCUCACGAAGAAAACAGUGCUCCGCACCGACAGGCUCUUGACAGGCUGGACAACGCGCUCAUACACGUCAAGAUGUGCCGUUCUACGAGGGGUGAUCGACAAACUGUCUCAGAAGCAUACGUUCGUUUAGCUGCGGUGCCAUCGAUCAGAGCUCAUCAGAAGACGAAUCGCACGCCCGGCAACAAGGCUCAUAAAGCACGCCAGGGACAGGAAGUUGUAGAAACUAGCCAGCCAGAACUUGCUGCGGCAGUCGGCUCCGGCUAA